AUGAAGGAUGCCUAUGAUUAUUACAUGCCUAGAGUUACUGGAAAUCUGGAUUUCAGGGAUUUGUGGUCUAUAAAAGUUCCUCUUAGACGUGCAUACAUUGCUUGGAAGAUAAUGCACAACAGAAUUGCUACUGAUGAUAAUGUGAAGACACAGGGAGUUGAUGCAGCGAACUGUUGCAACUUAUGUCCCUCUUCUUGUUGCAAGAAACUCAAUCUCAUCUAUUCUUUGACUGUGUAUUUGCUAACUCUCUUUGGAGAUGGAUUAUGCAGGUUUGAGCACUGCCUUAUUUCCUCCAAUCAAGCCAUUACUCAUUUGAAAAACCUAAUUGUUGAGUCGAGUAGGCAUAGUGGUGGUUUCUCCUUUAAUACUUCUGUAGACAAGAUCAUUCUUGAUUUCCUGGGCAUUAAGAGUCUACCUCCUAAGAUGCCAAAAGCUAUCUCGGUUAAAUGGAAAUCUCGUAUUCCUGGUUGGAUUAAAGCCAACAUAGAUGGCUGCUCUAUUGGUAAUCCAGGUCCUUCCGGAUGUGGGAUGGUGUUUCGCGACUCUCAUGGUUUGGAUAAAGGUUGCUUAGCUCAAAACUUGGGUUUUAAUAAUUCUUCUUGGGCUGAGCUUUAUGGAGCAAUUUAUGCUCUUCGUUUGGCCUGUGCAAAGAGAAUACAAAGACUCUGGCUUGAAUGCGACUCUAUCUUUGUCUUACAGGCUAUCAAGAAUCCAGAUUUGGUCACUUGGACGCUAUCUACCCAUUGGAGCAAUUGCUUGAAAUUUGCAUCUUCAAUUAAAUUUGUUUGCACUCAUAUAUACCGUGAAGGUAACUCGGUGGUAGGCCUUUUGGCCAAGCACGGUGCUCUGGUUAAGUCUCGUUGGUGGAUUGAGCCUCCAAAUUUCACAAGACGGAAGCUUCUCAUAGAUAACUCUAUUUUACCGCUGUACCGUUUUCGUAAUAUGUAA